AUGGAGACCGUCCGAGAAGCCCGGGUGCGUCGUAAAUGUCGCUGGCUGUGGGUCGUCUUCGUCGUGGCUUGCUUUGCACCAGCUAUAACAGGAGUAGUAGACGUCACCAUCGUCAGUAAGUACCAGUUCUUUGAUGAGUCAGCGGACACCUGGUUGCACUGUUAUUACACGGGUAGUCUCCUCAACCAGAACGGGUACCAGUUCGGUGUAGAGGUAGACACUGGCUCGGGAACAAGAUUUACAUCACGAAGAAGUACCAGCAGGGUAUCAGGGCGCUGGUACAGUGUGAGAAUCUGGGAUGAAACUGGUGACUCCCGGGUCGGAGCAUUCUCCUGUCAAGUAGGUGACGGAAGUAAAACCGAAAAGGCCAUUACCUUCAAAAUAAAGUCAGAGGCCGAUGUCUGGCCCGAGUCCUUCACAGUAACCGCCAACAUAGGUGACCCCGUGACCCUACAGAUGGUGCAGAAGUCCAGUAGAACAGGUACCCUGGUGUGGAGGAAGGGCGGGAUCGGGGGGACUGUCCUGACUGGACAGAACGGACUCAGUCUCGCCAUAGCCAGUGUCCAGUCUUCAGAUGAGGGGAUCUAUGAGUGCUACUAUCAGGGGGACACCGAUAGAAAACAGGGCAUCAUGAGGCUCAUUGUCAGAGGUUGUGCUGAGAACAAGUGGGGUCCGCCCUCCUGCACCGGUGACUGUCCUGUGUGCUACAACGGCGGUGUGUGUGACGACAACACGGGGGAAUGUGUCUGUCCUCCGGGGUUCAAUGGAACCAAAUGUGAAAGCGCCUGUGCGAACAACAAGAUCGGUACCAGCUGCACGAGAGAGUGUGAGGGUGGAGACUGUACUGGCCAGCUGCUGUGUGUGAUGGACCCGUACGGCUGCUCCUGUGCUCCUGGACUCAUGGGGAUAGAGUGUAAUACGGCUACUGUCUCGUACGAGGACUUAUUCACAAAGGAGGAAGGCCACUUUUUCGGUGAUUUUCCGGAUCACCUAACCGCAUACGACAACAUAGACGCAGACGAGUGUGCCCGUCGCUGUUUGCAAGGUUACGGCAGUUACGACGGCGUCAACCCGCCCUGUCUGUCCUUCAACCAUCGCCCCACGGGAUCGCCAGAGGGCGGCAGUGCACGGUGUUGGCUCCGCAGUAGUGACAAGGACACGGCGGCGUCUCCUGGUUCUGGCUGGGACACUGUUUCAGACAUACUUAUGCCCCAAGACUGUGCCGACAUAUUUGCCCUCGGACUACAAACCAGUCAGGUUUACACCCUCGGACACCCCCAACCAUUCCAAGCCUACUGUGACAUGGACACUGAUGGCGGUGGGUGGACGGUCAUACAGCGGCGGCAGGACGGGUCGGUGCCGUUUGACAGACAAUGGGCUGAGUACGAGCAGGGGUUCGGUAAUCCUAGUGGAGAAUACUGGCUGGGAUUGGAGACUAUUCACAGUCUGACAACAAAGAAUCAAAGCGAACUGUAUGUGUACUUGGAAGACUGGGAAAUGAACAGCCGGUUUGCGCGGUACAGCACGUUUUCUGUAGAAGAUGCCGGCAGCAAGUACACGGCAACGAUCGACGGGUACAGCGGGGAUGCAACUGAUAGUCUAGACCCGUCCACUUCACGUCACAGCAUCAACAACAGACAAUUUUCUACAACAGACCAGGAUAAUGACCCUUCAAGAAAUAACUGUGCAAGUCUAUUCGGACAGGGAGGCUGGUGGUACACUGCAAGUUGUGGCUGGGCAUUGUUGAACGGACAGUAUCUGACCGGCUGUUCAGUACCUACUCCAGGCACCUGCUCCAGUGCAGAUGGAAUCGUCUGGAACUCUUGGAGAGGUUACAGAUAUUCUUUGAAGACGACAGUCAUGAUGAUCAGACCAGCCGAUUUUCCUGCUACAUCACCACUCAGACCGUGUCAAAAUGGUGGAACACUCACCUCUGGACCAGAUAAUUCAGGACUGUAUAUGUGUGCAUGUCAAUCAGGAUGGAAUGACAUCUUUUGUGAUCAGGCAAUGUCCUGUCCAGAGCUAUCAUUUCCAAACAACGGCAGCAGGACUGAGGGUCGUAUAUACGGAGACAGGGUCACAUUUUCCUGUAAUGAAGGCUACGAACUAAUCGGUUCUGUAAACAGAACCUGCCAGGCCAACCAGAGCUGGUCGGGUGUACAGCCUAAUUGCUCCAGAACACCCUGCCCACAGCUGAAGCCUGUUCAACAUGGCAGCAUCAGUGAUGGUGGAUAUUAUGGAGACGUGGUUACUUAUCACUGUGAUCCUGCAUACGAGAUCAGUGGUGAUGAAGAACGAACAUGCCAGGCUAACCAGACGUGGAGCGGAACACAUCCUACAUGCAGUCGUAUGUUCCACCCAAGUUUGAUUUGA